UUCCGUUAUGGCUAGGAACCAUUUGUUAGAUGUUGUUUCCGCGGUCGUGCUAUGUGUUGCGCCACGACAACAGCGCUGAUCCGCACUGAACACCGUUUCUAAAAAUAUUUUCAGUCUAUAAAUUCUGUACCAGUUAUGAAGGGAUGGCAUUAUUGUUACUUAAAUAAGUUGAAAUUGCAUAGUGACAAUGACUCCUUUCUCGAUUAAAUCACACACCUGGUUUUAAAUGCUUCUCGCACUAGGCAGGGAUACAAAACUGAGGUACGGGAGGCCAUGAGUGACAAGAGACAGCGAGCCAGGGUGCAGGGCUCCUGGGCACCAUCACGCCCCAAACCGGCACCUAGACCACCAGGUGGCGCUGGAGGCUUUGUGAGAAGCUCUGGAGCGCCCUCGGCCCACUCCGGUUUGUGGGGGGAUGGAUGUCAGGUGUUUGAGUUUCAUCAGCCAACCAAGCCACUGCGAGAAAUCCCAGCUGAGAAGGUUAUCGAGUGGUUCUGCUUUUCAGGUCAAGCCUACCUGGAACCCAGACUCACCUGCUGGUAUGGAGAGCUGCCCUACACCUACUCCAACUCUACACUGCAGGCCAACUCACAGUGGCCCCCGGUGCUGGCGGACCUGAAGGGCGCGGUGGAGCAGGCCUGUGGCCGCAGCUUUAACUCCCUGCUGUGUAACCUGUACCGGGACGGGAAGGACAGCAUCGCCUGGCACAGCGACAGCGAGCUCGCCCUGGGGCCACAGCCCACCAUCGCCUCCCUGAGCCUGGGGGCCACACGCUGCUUCAGCCUGCGCCAGCAGCCUGCGCCCGAGGAGAAUGGUGAUUACACGUAUGUGGAGAGGCUGAAGAUUCCCCUCGGUCACGGGACUCUGCUGCUGAUGGACGGAGCGACGCAGGAGGACUGGCAGCACCAGGUGGCGAAGGAGUACCACGACCGCGGGCCACGCAUCAACCUGACCUUCCGCACCAUCUACCCAGAACCAGAACCGGGCCGGAACCCGGGCCGCGGGGCCCACAGCUAGGCGGAGGAGGAAGAGGAGGACGAGGAUGAGGAUGAGGAGGAGGGGGUCGUGUUUCACCUGUUUGGCCUGCCAGGGACUGUCAGAGGCAGGUAUUUCAGAGGAGGAGCCCGAACCCUAAAGAUGGAGGAGGAAACUGCAGCGCCCCCUGUGGGGCUGGGGGAGACGGUGACGUUAAACACGGUGUGAGAGAUUCAGGAGUGGGAUCAGAACCGCAGAUCCAGUCGGGUGUGGAAGAGCUGGGAGACCUGAAGGUUCUGUGACCCCGGUGACACAAUACUCGCUGCUGUGUAGCUCCAUACUCGUGCUGGAGGGCGGCCCUGUUAAGGGCCUCCAUCUUGUCUCUGGUGCGGCUGCUGUGUUCGCAGGCGAAGGGCGGACUGGUUGAAGGCUGAAUUAUGUGCUUUUCUCAGCUUUUCUGUUUCUUUUCAGUUUUUUUGCGACUGACGUGGGGCUGUGCGUGUGAUGUGUUUGUUGAUGUAACACUGUCGUCAGAACCCCACUGAGGAUGGGGCGGACUGGAGAAUAAUCUACGAUCGCCGGUUUGUGUGUGUGUGUUUUAAACGUCAGGAAGGAAAAAUACCCAAGUGUGUAAUUUCACCAGGUGUUUGUCAGACAUAAGUGCCACUUCGCACAGACACGCCAGUUUUUCUCAGAUUUUCUCAGUUCUGUUUGCUCUUUACGUAAAUAUUAGUAAUGUUUGUAAAUCUGUAUGUUUCCACUGACUUUUCACAAUGCUGGGUGAUGGGAAAGUAUCAAAUUACGGAAAAUGAAGUGCUCUUUGUUCGGGGAUUGUUUCCGAUGCAGAUGUUGGUGUGUAAACAAGCCUGGGUGGAGGAGACUCUCUCCGGGAGUCUGAGGCCUGGUCCAGAAUAUUUGUGCCAGUUUGAUGCCUGACUUCACUGUGACAAAGGCCAAUAUUUGUUUCUUUUCUUUUCUCUGCUGUUUUUUUUCCCCUUGGUUGCUGCCAGAGAGACAGAUGUGCAGGAGAAUCGGGUCCUGGUUGGCUGUCUUCUGUCAAUAAAUGUUGUUUGCAAAAAAAGGAAAA